CAUGCUUUUGCAGCAUCCAACAACAUCUAUAUGACCAUCAAUUCUCACAUAACUAAGAGCAAGUAAAAAUAACAAUGAAAACUACAUUACUUUCAUUCCUUUUGUGCUACUUCUUCAUAUAUCAUACUCUUGUUGUCUCUGCCAAAUGUCUCCAAGAUCAACAAUCAUUGUUACUCCAAUUCAAAAACAAUCUCACAUUUGAUUCUCAAAGUUCCACCAAACUAAAAUUGUGGAAUGAAAACACUGCAUGUUGUAAUUGGAGUGGUGUAACCUGUAACAAUGAGGGACAUGUUAUUGGCCUUGAUUUGAGUUAUGAAUCAAUCUCUGGUGGAUUUGAUAAUGUCGGUAGUCUUUUUAGUCUCCAAUAUCUCCAAAAACUGAAUUUGUCUUAUAACAAUUUCAAUUCUCCCAUUCCUAUGGAGAUUUCAAAGCUUACAAGGUUAGUUUCUCUUGAUCUCUCUUCUUAUGAUAGCUAUUCAAAAGAACAAGCGUCGACAAUUUACAACCGGAAUCUACCAACAUUUCUCCAAAAUCUGACCAGUCUUAAACAGCUGUAUCUAGAUGGUAUAAAUAUAUCAUCUAUGGGAAAGGAAUGGGGAAAUGCAUUGUUGUCGUUGCGUGACAUACAAGAGUUGAGUAUGUCUUACUGUGGUCUAUCAGGACCCCUUGAUUCUUCCCUCACAAAACUAGUGAACCUAUCUAUCAUUGUUCUUGAUUGGAACAAUUUUUCAUCCUCUGUUCCAGAAACAUUUGCUAAUUUUAAAAAUCUGACAACCCUCAGUCUUUCAAGUUGUGGAUUGAUCGGUACAUUUCCACAAAAAAUCUUUCAAAUUGAAACACUUUCUAUUAUUGACUUAUCAUUCAACUACGAUCUCCAUGGUUUAUUUCUCAACUCAUUGUCAAACCUCACACACCUUACCUCCCUAGGCCUUUCUCAUAAUAAUUUAAGUGGCGAAUUUCCUUCAUCCCUUUUUACACUCCCGUCAUUAGAGUUGAUUGAUCUUUCCUUUAACAGGUUGAAUGGGUCACUAGAGCUGGAUAAGUUUUUGAAGCUUAAAAAUUUAACCACACUAGACCUUUCUUACAAUAACAUAUCAAUCGAUGUAAAUGUUGCAGAUGUUGAUUUGUCUUUAAUUCCCAAAUUUAGAUAUUUAAGUUUGGCAUCUUGCAACUUGAAAUUAUUCCCUAGUUUCUUAAUAAAUCAAUCAACAAUGUUCUCCCUAGACCUUUCAAAUAAUCAAAUUCAAGGAAAAAUACCAAAUUGGAUAUGGAAAUUACAAGAUCUUAUAUCACUUAAUAUUUCUCACAAUUUUCUCUCUAGUUUUGAUGGAUCGCUGCAAAAUCUUACUUCCGUCUUGAAAAUUCUUGACCUUCAUAACAACAAACUGCAGGGGACAAUACCUUCUUUUCCUAAACAUCCUUUAUAUUUGGACUACUCAAACAAUAAUUUUUCAGUUGUCCCACAAUAUAUUGUUAGUAGCAUAUCAUCUAUGGGAUUUCUAUCUUUUUCUAACAAUAAUAUACAUGGGCGCAUCCCUGAUUACUUAUGCAAUGCUUCACAACUUCAAUUUCUUGAUAUUUCCUUCAACAACUUUUUUGGAACAAUUCCUCCAUGUUUAAUCACAAUGAAUUUCCUAAAGGCAUUAAGUAUGAGGAAUAACGUUCUCACUGGCCCCAUACCAGAUAUAUUUCCAAAUUCUUGUGCUAUAACUAGAUUGAACUUCCAUGGAAAUCAAUUGCAUGGGCCAAUUCCUAGGUCUCUAUCCCGCUGCUCAUCAUUAGAAGUAUUGGACAUUGGAUCUAGUUCGAUCCAAUAUCUCACAGGAUCAAAUCAAAUUAUUGACUUUUUUCCUUGCUUCUUAAAUAGCAUACCAACACUUAGUGUCUUGGUUUUGCGGGACAACAAAUUCCAUGGUUCUAUAGAAUAUUCCCAAUCUGUAGAAAAUAAGCCUUGGAAAAUGAUUCAGAUUAUGGACAUUGCUUUCAACAAUUUCAAUGGAAAACUAGCUGAAAAGUAUUUCAAAACAUGGGAAAGAAUGAUGCAUGAUGAUGAUGAUGAUGCAUCAAACUUCAUCUUUGUGCCGUGGUUGUACAUAAAAUCAUAUUAUAGUUUUAGUAUUACAGUUACAUGUAAAGGCCAAAAGCUGGAGUUGGUAAAAAUUCGAAAAUUUUACAAAGUCAUUGAUUUCUCAUCCAAUUUUUUUGAAGGACCAAUACCUCUGUCGUUGAUGGAUUUCAAAGAACUUUAUACUUUGAAUUUUUCAAACAAUGGUCUUACAGGUGAGAUCCCAUCUUCAAUAGGGAAUAUGAAACAGUUAGAGUCAUUGGACUUCUCAAAUAACUCCUUGGAUGGUGAAAUUCCUGCGCAACUAGCAAGUUUGUCUUUCCUUUCUGAUUUGAACAUUUCCUUGAAUCAUUUGGUGGGAAAGAUCCCAACAGGUACUCAACUUCAAUCAUUUCCAGCUUCUUCCUUUGAAGGAAAUGAUGAACUAUAUGGCCCUCCGUUGAUUGAAAAGCAAGAUGGUGAGAGGAAGGACUUGCAUCCACAACCAACAUGUGAAAGCAUAGUUUGUUCAAUAGAAUGGAACUUUUUAAGUGUAGAAUUGGGAUUUGUUUUUGGACUUGGAAUGAUUAUCGGCCCAAUCAUGUUUUGGAAGAAAUGGAGGGUAGGUUAUUGGAAACUUGCUGACAGAAUUCUCUGCAAAAUAUUUCCUUGGAUGCAUCUCGAAUAUGCAACUAACAGAGGAAAAACUUACUUAGUUUUAAGGUGGUAGUGGCGUUAGGAUCUAAUAUGUGUGCUAAUUAGUAUAAUACUACUUUAUAUUUCUACUGUGUCGUUCUUUCUAUGUAAUAAUAUAUCACAUGCUAUUGAUAUUCCCAUAAAGUAAUGGAAGCAUUUAGUAUCA